AUGGUGGAGCGUUGUUGUUUGGCGGUGGUGCGGGUGCUGGUGCUGCAGGCGGCCUGGGCGCUGUCGGGCGGGCAGGUGCGCUACUCGGUGCCGGAGGAAGCCAAGGCCGGCACGGUGGUGGGCCGUCUGGCGCAGGACCUGGGCCUGGAGGCGGGCGAGGCGGAGGCGCGGCGGCUGCGGCUGGUGGCGCCGGGCCGGCGGGCGAGCGUGGAGGUGAGCGGGGCGAGCGGCGCGCUGCUGGUGAGCUCGCGGCUGGACCGGGAGGAGCUGUGCGGCAAGAGCGCGCCGUGCGCGCUGCGGCUGGAGGUGCUGCUGGAGCGGCCGCUGCGCGUCUUCCAUGUGCAGCUGGAGGUCACCGACAUCAACGACAAUGCCCCCGUCUUCCCCGCUGCCUGGAAAAACCUCAGCAUCGCGGAACUGUCUGUGCCGGGGUCUCGUUUCCCGCUGGAGGGCGCGUCGGAUGCGGAUAUCGGAGCGAACGCGCAGCUCACCUACACACUCAGCCCCAGCGAGCAUUUCUCUCUGGAUUUGCAAAAAACCGAUAUGGACGGUGAGUCCUUAUUCCUGGUGCUCAGGAAAUCUCUGGACCGCGAGACGAUUCCCGUGCACCGGCUGGUGCUGACGGCCACAGACGGUGGCCGGCCAUCUCUGACGGGCACCAUGGAGCUGGUGAUCUCCGUGCUGGAUGCAAACGACAAUGCGCCCCAGUUCAACCAGUCGGUGUAUAAAGUGCAGCUGCCGGAGAAUGCAGAACACGGCACGUUAGUCAUCAAACUAAAUGCCACGGAUUUAGAUGAAGGUUCAAACAGUAAUAUCUCGUAUUCUCUCGAGACUCUGUUUCCUCAGGAUGGAAAAGGCGUUUUCGGAAUCGACAGAAAAAGCGGAGAGAUUCGUCUCAGGGCUAAUUUAGAUUUUGAGGAAGUUAGUCUGUACCGCCUGCAAGUGGAUGCUACAGAUCAAGGAAAUCCUCCACUGUCGGGUCACUGCAAGUUGUUGCUGGAAGUGCUGGACGUGAACGACAACGCGCCGGAGGUGUGGGUGACGUCGCUGUCGGUGCCGGUGCCCGAGGACGCGUCGUUGGGGACGGUGGUGGCCCUGCUGAGCGUGUCGGACCGGGACUCGGGCGAGAACGGUCGCGUGCGGUGCUGGGUGUGGCCGGCGUCGCCGUUCGGUCUGGAGGCGACGUUCGCGGGCUCGUACUCGCUGGUGCUGCGCGAGGCGCUGGACCGGGAGCGGGUGUCGGAGUACGAGGUGGAGGUGCGUGCGGAGGACGGCGGGGCGCCGGCGCUGCGCGCCAGCCGCGGGCUGCGGGUGCCGGUGUCGGACGUGAACGACAACGCGCCCUCGUUCGCGCAGGCCGUGUACACGGUGCUGGCGCGGGAGAACAACGCGGCGGGCGCGGAGCUGGCGCGGCUGUGGGCGCGGGACCCGGACGAGGCAGCCAACGGGCGCGUCAGCUACUCGGUGUGGGACGGCGGCGUGGGUGUGGGCGGCGGCGGCGCCGCCGGGUCGUCGUCGGGCGUUGGGUGGCGUCCGGCGUCGAGCUACGUGUCGGUGGACGCGGAGAGCGGGCGUCUGUGGGCGCUGCAGCCCUUGGACUACGAGGAGCUGCAGGUGCUGCAGUUCGAGGUGCGCGCGGUGGACGCGGGAGAGCCGCCGCUGAGCGGCAACGCCACGGUGCAGCUGUUCGUGCUGGACGAGAACGACAACGCGCCGGCGCUGCUGCCGGCCGCGGGCUCUGCAGCGGAGGCGGGCGGCGUGGCGGCGGCGGAGGCGGCUUUGGCGCUGGCGGGGGCGGGCUCGGAGUCGGGCACGCUGUGGGCGUGGGCGGCGUGGGGGGCGCCGGCGGGGCAGGUGGUGGCCAAGAUCCGCGCCGUGGACGCCGACUCGGGCUACAACGCGUGGCUGCGCUACGAGCUGUGGGAGCCGCGGGGCAAGGGCCCGUUCCGCGUGGGGCUCUACAGCGGCGAGGUGAGCACGGCGCGGGCGCUGGACGAGGCGGAUGGGCCUCGCCAGAGGCUGCUGAUCGUCGUGCGUGACCACGGCGAGCCGGCGCGCUCGGCCACGGCCACGCUCAGCGUGUCGCUGCUCGAGGCCGCCGAGGCGGCGCUGGCCGCGGGAUCCUCGUCGUCGUCGUCGUUGGUGUCGCGCUCGGCGGCGGGCGUGGAGCUCGGGGCCGGGGCGGCGAGCGCGGCCACCAACGUGUGGCUGGUGGUGGCCAUCUGCGCCGUGUCCAGCCUCUUCCUGCUGGCCGUGGUGCUGUACGGGGCGUCGCGCUGGGCGCCGCGGGCGGCCGUGCUCUCGGCGCCUGGGCCAACGACGCUCGUGUGCGCCAGCGAAGUGGGCAGCUGGUCCUACUCGCAGCGCCACAGCCGCAGCCUGUGCGUGGCGGAUGGCGCUGCCAAGAGCGACCUCAUGGUUUUCAGCCCCAACUUCCCUCCGCCGCCGCCCGCUCCUGCAGCAAAGGACGCGCAGCCGGAGCCCUCCGCUCUCCUCGACACGGUCAGUGGCAAUAACUUUCUCUCUUCUCCCACCCGUACCAAACCCUUCUGUCCAUCUAGGUUUGCAGGCUUUGCCGGAAUCCGGGCUCCGUUCCCACGGCCUGAGACAGAUGAGUGCUUGACGGGUUCUUCACGGGUGCUUAAGGAUACCAAUGGCUCAUUUGCAUCUGCCCUUUGGAGGAAUAUAGAAUUAUCGCCGCAGCCUGGUGCAGUUAUGGUCCCCAGCUGCAAUUUGCUGCUCUGUGUGUCAAUUGUUCUGUCCUAGAAUGAAUUCCCUGCCUAUUGCAAUGAGAAGUGCCCUAGGGUGUCAGGUUUGGAAACUGUCUUGCCUGGUUCAGUUUGGGGUUUCCACCCGAGUUUGCUGAUGGAGUUCAAGAUAGGCAGGCUGUGGUUCUGACAGUCCUCCCAGCACUACACGCCGUCUUAUUGUCUAUGUUGACUGAUACCCUUCCUGUUUUAUUCUGAA